AUGGAAAUCCACCUGGCAUCUCCCACCGAUGCGCGCGAACUCACGCAAGUCUUCUACGCCAGCUUCCAUAGUGACUUGGACACAGCCAUGUUCCCGAACACGCCGGAUGUGACGGAAUGGUGGGAAAAUUAUUUUACCGCCAGCAUCACGCGCUCAAUUGCAGGCGAGACCCACUCUGUAUUCCUCAAGGUGACGGAGGGAUCGGAGGAUGGUGGGAUUGCCGCAUUCGCGAAAUGGAAGCUUCCGGUACCCGCUGCAGAUCGCGAUCGGCCCGAGGAACAGAUCGUGUGGCCUCCUAGUAGUGAUAAGGAGCUUUGCGAUCGGUUUUUCAAUGGUAUGGGGGCGCGGCAUAAGAAGUGGAUGGGGGAGAGGCCUCAUUAUUAUCUGGAUAUGCUGGGUGUUCACGAUUCCUACCAGGGCAAGGGACUGGGAUCGAAGCUCCUCAAAUGGGGUCUCACACGCGCUGACGCUGAGGGAUUGGAGGUUUAUCUGUCUGCAUCUCCGGCUGGGAAACCCUUGUAUGAGAAGUAUGGGUUUCGGGAGAUCGAUACCUUCUCGCCAUUCCGCGACUACGUGCAAGUGGCGAUGUUAUGCUCGCCCGAUAGUCAAUAA